AUGGAAGCGAAGAUCGACAAAGGGGAGGAUACCGAACAAGCACUGUACUCCUUCGAUGAGCUGCUGGAGGACGUGGGGCUGGGCUGGUACCAGGCCCGCUUCUACGGCUGCAUGUGCCUGCUCUCCUUCAGCGAGGGCUCCUUCCUCUCGGUCAUCACCAUGGUCAACCCCAUCCUCCAGCGCCAGUACGGUAUCUCCGACUUCCAACUCAACACCAUGAUCGCCCUCAUUUUCCUGGGGUUCAACCUGGGCUCGGUCUGCUCGGGGCGCGUCUCUGACCUCUACGGCCGCAAGACCCCCUUUUUCCUGGCCGCCAAUCUUGCUAACCUGGUCGGCUACGUCGGUAUGGCCUUUACCGAGUUCUGGCCUAUGACCCUCUGCCGCGUCCUCCAGGCCACCCUCGUCGGGUUCUUCGGCCCACUGGCCUAUACGCUGCUGGCGGAAAUCACGCCCCGAACCCUGCGCGGCCGGUGCAUGGCGAUCUGCUCGGCCACGCUGUCGCUGGGACAGCUCUACGGGUACCUUGUGGGGUACGUGGUGCUGCGGAACCUGGAGGCGGGGGACUGGCGGCUGUGCCUGCUGCUGAGCAAUAUCCCGGGGACCCUGGCGCUGGUGAUGGGCUACUUCUACACGGACGAGAGCGCGCGUUUCUUGUUGCUGCGGGGCAAAGGCCCCGAGGCCUACGAAAUAAUCGAGGCCAUGAACCGGAUUAACGGCUACCCGAAGUUCAUCUCGGUGGACAGCGUGCACCGCUCGGGGCUGGAGCGGUGGGCCGCCUCCCUCCAGCUCGCCGAGUUCGGCCUCUGCAGGCUCUUCCAGGCCGACUUCGCCCUCAUCACUGCACUCAUCUGGCUCAACUGGGGAGUUGUCUCCUUCAUCUACUACGGCAUCGUUGUCAACCUGCCGACCGCCAUCGUCCGCCUCGCCCAGCAGCGAGCCACGCUCGGAGAGGCCGGUGCCCUCGCCAGCAACCACUCCACGCUCUUCCUGAUGCUCACCAGCGUGUCGGAGAUCCUGGCGGGUGUGCUGGUGAGCGCAGUGGUGGAGGUGCGCUGUCUGGGCCGCAAGAACACGAUCAACUGGAGCCUGCUGCUGGGGGCCUGCGCCUGCGUGCUGGUCUUCCUGGUGCCUAGUCAGCUGGUUCUGCUGGCCUCGCUGGCCAAGUUCUUCAUCACGGUGGUGCUGGUGCUGCUCUACCAGUACACUGCGGAGCUGUACCCGACCAUGCUCCGAAGCACGGGGCUGGGACUGGCCAACGGGCUGGGCCGGAUGUCGGGCGUACUCAUGCCGGUGUGCUAUGGGCUGCUGGCCGAGCAGGCCUUGCUCUCGCCCUACCUACUUUUCGGAGGUAUGGCGCUGCUGUGCUUCGGGCUCAACUGGCUGUUCCCGCACGACACAACGGGGGCGGACCUGGACACCCUCGAGGCUCCCAAGCAAGAGUGA